AUGGCUCUUCAGGCAUUGUCAACAAGCUUCCUCCCCUCCUCAUUUCACCAUAACCAGUCCCCUCUCUUAUUCUUUAGGCACCUCCGCUCCUCCUCCUCCGCCGCCACCUCCUCCACUACCUCCAGUGCUCAAUUCGUGACAUGUGCUUCGAAGAUUGAAGUUCAAGCGAUUGGGAGACAUUCGGCAAAUUGGCAACCUAGUGUUUGGGACUAUGACUAUUUGCAGUCACUUAGCGUUAAUUACAAGGAGGAUAAAUGUUCGGAGGAAGUCCAAAGGUUGAAGAAAGAAGUCAAGGGUCUAUUCGACGGGGAGAUGAAUCAGGUGGCCAAGCUCAAGUUCAUUGACGUGGUUCAAAGACUAGGACUAGGAUACCGAUUUGAGACGGAGAUCAAGAAUGCUCUAAGUUCCAUCUAUAACAACACCGAAGAUGCUCAACUUUCGGACAAUCUUGAUGUCGUUUCCCUUCGAUUCCGGCUACUUAGACAACAUGGAUACAAUACACCGCAAGAUGUGUUUCAAAGAUUUAUGAGCAAGACGGGCACAUUCAAUGAAUCGCUCAAUGAAGAUGUGAAGGGGCUUCUUGGUCUUUAUGAAGCUUCUUUUCAUGGAUUGGAAGGUGAAACCAUACUCGAUGAAGCUUGGACCUUUGCUUCUAAGCAUUUGAAGGAUCUAAACCUCAACGAAAUUUCCACUAAUUUAGCGAGCCACGUGAGUCAUGCAUUACAUUUGCCUAUCCACUGGAGGCUAAACAGGUUGGAGGCUCGGUGGUUCAUUGACAUGUACAAGAAACAACAAGACAUGAUCCCCUCUUUGCUACGAUUGGCUAAAUUAGACUUCAAUUUAGUGCAGUCAGUCUAUAGGAAGGAAGUCAGCAAUCUGGCAAGGUGGUGGGUUGAACUUGGGGUGAACAAGAUGACCUUUUGUAGGGACAGGAUAGUGGAAAGCUAUUUUUGGAGCAAUAGUAUGGUUUUCGAACCUCAACAUACAGCUUAUAGAGAAAUGAAUGGGAAGCUUGCUAGUAUGGUGGUACUUAUUGAUGAUGUUUAUGAUAUAUAUGGGACGCCAGAAGAACUUGAGCUCUUAACAGAUUUCAUUGUCAGGUGGGACAUCACAGACAUCGAUAGGCUUCCUCCAAUAAUAAGGGAUAGUUUCAUGGCCAUGUACAACACGACCAACGAAAUUGGGUAUUGGACGAUGAGAGAGCGAGGAAUCAACCCCAUCCCUUACCUGCGGAAAGUGUGGGCCGAAGAAUGCAAGGCGUACCUGAAGGAGGUCCAUUGGCGCAGCAAGGGCAUUAAACCGACCCUGAAGGAAUACAUUGACGUUGCGACGAAUUCAUCCGGAGGGGUGGUUUUGAUGUUGCCCAGUUACUUCCUAACCACGGAUAAAUUGACGGAAGAGGGACUUGAUUACGUGUCGAAAAUCCCAAGCAUCAUGCGUUGUUCUAGCAAGAUGCUUCGACUCAUCAAUGAUCUCAGUACAUCAUCGCAUGAAGUGGCACGAGGAGACAACUUGAAGGCACUGGAAUGCUACAUGAAUGAAACCGGUGCGUCGGAAGAGGCCGCGCGUGAACACAUCAUGCAUAUGGUGCGUGAGGCCUGGAAGUGGAUGAAUAGAGCCGUGUUUGAAGACUACCGAAUUCCCGGAUUAGGGCCUUUUCUUGGUGCCUGUGUAAACACGGCACGAAUUUGUCAUACUUUUUACGGAUGUGGAGACGGAUUCGGCCAACCCAGUAAUAUUACCAAGGACUCUCUUGCGUCGGCUAUAUACGAUCCCGUGCCCCUCGAUUAGGCAUGCAUUAUUGACCAUCGGUCUUGCUUGUGGAGAGACCCUUUGAUCUUAUGUGUCUUUCUUAGUAUUUUAGGGUGGUUCUGUGAGCUCUAAGAUGUCGAAACUGUUUUAUUACAUGAAGUCUAUUGUUGGGCUUCGGCAGAGAAGCACAUGCUAUUCCGUGCUUUGUGUGGUGGCUGAUUAUGUAAUCACAAACAAUAAACAAUAUUCGUGAUGA